CUCCAGGUCCUCCUGGACGAGCAGGCUUUCCGGGUGACAAAGGAAGUAUGGGAAUUCCUGGGAGAAUGGGCUUAAAAGGACACGCAGGGGAGAAGGGGGCACCAGGCGAGCCUGGUCUGUCUAUCAUUGGACCAAGAGGACCUCCUGGGCAACCUGGUACAAGAGGCUUUCCAGGCUUUCCAGGUCCAAUUGGGUUGGAUGGCAAGCCUGGGCAGAAUGGACUUAAGGGAGACAUGGGUCAGCGAGGUCCUAAAGGAGUCCCAGGGGAACCCGGACCCAAAGGAGAGAAGGGUACAUGUGGAGACUACACACACCGGGGCUUCUUUGUGCAGGAUGUUCCUCUGAAAACCCUGGCUGCCUUGCGCUCCAGUCAGCCUCUGAUGUUGAAGCAGGGCGAGCCUGGAGCACAGGGACCCCCAGGACCUCCAGGACCCCCCGGACCAGCUGGGGUCCCAGGACUAGAUGGAGCCAGUGGCCCACCGGGCAAGCCCGGGGAGCCAGGAAAACCAGGAAAAGACCCAAGGCUUAUACCAGGACUAAAGGGUGACCGAGGUGAUGUAGGCCCACAAGGUCCUGAAGGCCCAAAGGGAAAUAAAGGAGACCAAGGAAUUAAGGGAGAUGAAGGAAAGAGGGGUGUCCCAGGAGAGAGUGGAGAGAAGGGAGAGCCAGGUUUCCCAGGGGCUCCUGGGAUUAAGGGUCAGGCUGGCAUCAGUGGUACUCCUGGCAUCCCUGGCAAGAGGGGUUAUAGGGGGGAAAAGGGAGAGCCGAGCAUGACAGCCCAGGGAAUUAAAGGAGAGCCAGGUUCACCAGGGCUGCCAGGCCUAAUAGGAUCCAAGGGUGACAAAGGUGACCAGGGCGAAAAGGGGGAAGUAGGCCCUGAAGGCCCAGCUGGACCAAGAGGUCCUCCAGGCCCAACUGGGGAGCCAGGAAAGGCUGAAAUUCAAAACAAUGACAAUGAUAUCCGCAACAUACCCCUGAUGGGUCCCCCUGGAUUACCUGGACCUCCAGGGCCCUCUGGACUCCCUGGUACCAAGGGUGAAGUUGGUCUACCAGGUCCACCAGGACUGGAUGGAGAGAAGGGACCCAGAGGGAAGCCUGGAGAGGCCGGUCCUGCAGGCCCAGCUGGUCCCGAAGGUCCCAGAGGAGAGGGUGGUGUCAUGGGCUUCCCAGGACCCAAGGGAGACAAGGGAGACAUGGGUCCAUCUGGAUCACCUGGUUUAGAUGGCCCUACAGGUGAAAAAGGGGCCACAGGGUUCCCUGGCUCUAUUGGAUUACCUGGCACAAUGGGACCUAAAGGUGAACCUGGAAAUGGAGGAAGGUCAGAAAUGAUCUAUGGUCCUCCAGGACCCCCAGGACCUCCAGGACCAGUUGGCCCAGCAGGAUCUCAAGGAUCUUCUGGGCCUAAGGGAGAACCAGGCAUAGGCAUCAAAGGAGAAAAGGGAGCGACAGGUCAGAAGGGUGACAAAGGAGAUAGAGGCCAUCUUGGACUCCCCGGGGCUCAUGGGUUAGACGGCAGACCGGGUCCAGUGGGUCUAAUAGGACCAUCAGGUGUGCCAGGGCCAGCCGGACCAAAGGGAGAGAGAGGUGAAAAGGGAGAUGCAGGAUUACCAGGACCAAUUGGGCCGCAAGGCAUCCCUGGAUUAGUAGGACCACAAGGAUUCAAGGGAAAUCGGGGAGAGAGGGGCAAGAAAGGCAACAGGGGGGCCAAAGGGGAUAAGGGAGACCAAGGAGCACCUGGAUUAGAUGCCCCCUGUCCGUUGGGAGAUGAUGGCUUACCUGUACCAGGAUGUUGGAACAAAGGUCAACAUCCUUUUCAACUGGCGAAGAAGUAGCACCACCCCAGACUGUCUCCAUGAAGCUACAGAAAGGAAACUUGAAGACAUUUGGAGAUAUCUUUGAGUUUUUACCCAAACCUGGAGUUGGCGUUUCAACAUUUUUCCAGGAGACUGGACAUAGGGCCAGUAGUGUUGGAGCUUCCAGCGGUCGCGGUGAGCACAUUAACCCUGCACCAUGCUGUAGUUAGUCACUGAAGCCGCACAGGACAAGAGUGCCAUCGCAGCCACAGGGAGAUACUGCACCUACUGACAUGAUCCUUUGACUGCAUACACUUUGAUUUAUUUAACUCCUAGUGAAAACAAGGCAUGGAUACUUUAUUUAUUGUUUGAUGUGACAUCAUUAUUGUAACUGUGAUAAAGAAUUCAGAGCAGCUCACAGAGCAGACAGAUGCCACACGUUUCCAUGACAAAACAAAAAACAAAGGACGCUCUUGAUGAUUCCUUCACUGUCUUUUCAAAAACUCCUUUACCUGCAGCUAUGAUAUCGUAUUUGAAUGAUUGUGCUGUGUAGGAAAUACUUUGAAACCAGCAUCACACAUCAUGCCUGGUCACAUAUAUGAUUUUCUUUUUUUGUGUAUUGUGGUGUUAAAGGACACCAUGGUUCAAUGCUGUAUUUGUAAGUAUUGUAUAAUAUAAGACAAAGGAUUGUAUGUAUAAAAGUACUCGUCGUUGUAAAUAGAAUGCAUUGAUGAAACAUGUUUUAAGUACACGAUAAGCAUUGAAGCUCUCAAAUGGCAGUAUUCAUAUGCUGAUUAUGUACAGAUGAUUGACAGUUGUUACCUGAUACAUUUACAAUUUGUAAAAUCUUUUGGCCUUUUGCUCACCAAAACUUUUCAUCGUUCACAUUUGCACCCUCCAUGACUGUUUGGUUGUGUUUAUGUACUGGAUACUGUUUCCAGUGUCUAUCACAUAAAAUAGAAUAUAGUGACUGUAAAUAUUAAAGUAUUUUUUACUUGUUGAAACAAAAAAGGUGAGCAAAGGUGAUUUUCAUAUUGUUUAAUGCUUUUUCACUCCAAAUAGGAAUUUAUUUUUAGUUAAAUAAAAAAAAAACCACAGUUAAAAUAUUAUUAACAGCUGUUACUGUACAUGGAAAUAACCUAAAUUCCCUUUGUUUGUGUUUUACAUGCAAAAACUUUCCUCUUUCACUGAAAAGCAAAUGUACAGAAGCAUUCCUUAUGUCAUAUUGACAGCUGCAAUGUAAACAAACGUGGGUCAAAAUAGUUUUUUUGUUGUUUUUCCAGUUUUUAAGUUAAGCAGUUUGAAAGUGAAAGAAAUUAUUAAAGUGUGAUUUUGUUUGUUUGUUUGUUUGUUUCAACAGGGGCAAGUGUAUCUACAAAAACAAUUUAGCUGUUGAGAUUAAAAAAAAGUGAGUGAAAAUGACAGUAACCUGAAGAUGAAGUCAUGUAAAUAAUGAUUAAUUAUUGUAAUUCUGAAUACAGUUUUCUUUGGCCAAGAGAGCUUCAAGUAUGGCAGCUUCAGAACACACAAGCAAAAAAAAGACAAUAUCACAGCUUCACUGUUUUUGCACAUUUAUUAGUGUUUUGUUUUUUUUAUUCUUAUUAUUUAAUUGUGUUUUGUCUGUUGGACUGUGUUUUGUAUCUUAAUUGUUUUUUGUAUGUCACUGUAUUUUGCAUAUUUCAUUGUUUCCUGUCUAUUUGGUUGUGUUUGUCUGUUGGACACUGUUUUGUCUGUUAUUGUGUUUUGUCUGUUUGCUUGUGCUUACCUGUUUGAUGGUGUUUUUAAUGUUAGAUUGUAUUUUGCCUGAUUAUAUUUUGUCUAUUUGAUUGUGUUUUGUUUGUUAGAUCAUGUUUUGUCUGUUUGAUUGUGUUUGGUCUAUUAAGUUGUGCUCUAUUUAACUGUGUUUUGUUUGUUAGAGUGUAUAAACCAUCUGUUUGCAUUUUGUCUGUUAACUUGUACUUUUUCUCAAGUUGCAGCACCUGGAGCUCUCAGCCAUCAUACACAAGGGAUCAUAAGCACAAUUCAAAACUGAUAACAUUUGACUUUGCUUGUUAUUUAAAAGUAAAAUUUCAAUAAUAUGUUCCCGUCAGUCAAAGUAACAUUUACCAGAUAACAAAUGUUAAAGAUACACUUGCUAAUUUUUGUUACAGACUUGAGCAGCUCUGCCUACAGUUUCCCCUCAGCUCACUGCUUGUAUGUUUGCAAACUCAAAACAGUUAAUUUUCAAAACAUCAAAAGAGAAAGAAUUGAGAGGGAAGUUUGGGCUUUUGUUGGGCUAUAACAAAAUGAAGGUCUGCAUUAUUAACAUUUUGUACCUGUAAGUUUCUGUGCAGCUUCUGCUUUGGAUUUCAUGUUUCUAUUUUGCACAACUCUGAAACUUUGACUUGGUUUGAACAAUCAUGUUUUUUCUCGAUCUUUAACUUACAAUGCAGUAACAGUCUUUUCUUUAUGCAAAGAAGGAAUUAUUCAUUUUGAUGCAUGAAUUUGGGUUUUGGAACAGAACGUAAGGUUUAUGUAAAUAUCUAAAAAUAUAAGGAUUGAUUAAGCAUCUGCAGCUUCACACAAGAGAAGUGUUUUUAGCAGCACUGAAUUCAACUGCGGCAUUUUACAUUAAGAACAGACAGUAUACUUGUUGAUUUUGUAACCCAACACCAUGUGGAUGCUGUGAUAGAUCUGUUAAUGCCAGUAUGUGCACUGUAUAUUUUUACUUCACUUGAUGAGCUCUUAAGGUAAACCUCACAAAACUCACAUAUAUGCUCAAAUAUAUAUAUGUGUAUAUAUAUAUAUAUAUAUAUAUAUAUAUAUAUAUAUAUAUAUAUCUCCAAAGCACACAUGUUUAGUUUUGACAUCAUAAUUGAAGAAAUAUGUCAAUGUAAGGAAUCUCUAAAUGAAACACAUCAACCCACCAUCUGCCAUUUGUCCUGGUUCCAGUUUGGUAUCUUACUAACUAGCAAGACAAUAACCUAUUUCUUCAUCCUGUCAAAAAAGGUAUGAUUGGUUAGAUUGUUUCUUCUGCCCAGGACAAAAUUCUAGACCUUUUUAAAUCACUGAGGGCAGUAAAGGUUUUAGAAUAUGGUGAACAGGCCAUACUGAACACUUUAGAUGGUGAGAUUGUGGUUGCCCCUGUGGAGCCAGUGCUUCCUCACCUGAGUUGUUUCAUCAGCUCUGAUUCAUGCCUCUGGCUUGGUUUCUUUUUCAUAGCACAAGCUCAAUAACUGGUCAUUUUGAAACAUCGGCCACACAAAACCACAGCAUGAUAUGAUUAUAUUUCAGUUUCUAAUAACUUAAGAUGGUGGAAAUAAAAGAAAAUAAUCAUAAUUAGUUAUCAAUCUAUCAUAAUGCUACUGAGAAUGAAAAUAAAUCACACAGGUGAAUCACAGCCACCUAUGACAGAAGCAUAUUCAGGUAAAUCUUACCUAAAGCCUCUGAUACUGAUUAUAUACUUACGCCUUACAGAGCGAGCUCAUUAGGUGAAAUGUUCACACAUUUUGCAUGUAUUUGCCACAGCAGUUGCACAAUCAUUUCUUUUUUAUAUACUGUUUGUGGUCAAAUUGGUCAAGUAAAGAAGAUUCAAUGUUUUUGACAAAUCUGUACAUAAACACAAUUAACUUGGUCUACAAAUCUAGAUGUAAAAUUUACUUGGUUUGAAAUUCUGUACUUGUCAGAGUAGAACAAUAUCUGAGAAUGGGCAUUAUAAGGAAUUUGCAUGCUAUUGGUUAGCCUGUAUAAAACACUAUUUACACUUGUUUUGAUUAUUUUCUUAUAUUAGUAAUGGAGCGUUAGAUAUAUUGUCCAUUUGACAUUUUUUUCUGCAAAGUCAAAAGAAAUCUGCCAGCCGAGUGACCUUUGUGCAGAUUUCUGUGCUGCCCCAAGAUUAAACUGCGUUGUAUAGGUUUGUUUUCCAACAUUUAAUGUGACCUUCAGCCACAGAGGUAUUUAUUGCAGUCCACAUUCUGAGUAUCUGUUAGUUUAGUGUAGUACCAGUAUUGAACGGUUCUGAAGUAAUUGUGUUGUUUUUGUUUUCCAAAAGAAUUUAUUUUUAUUUUUUUAUAAUCUAAACAACGGCAGCUGUCAUUACUGAUUGCCAGAAAGAUUCACUGUUUAGUACAAGUAAAAUGUUGAAAUAAUUUGUCACUGACUCAGAAUAAAGAAACCCAUAGUAAACAUA